GUUACGCGCACAUUAUGAGCCUUUUCCUGGACUCAUGUGCAUUACUAUUUUCGCAAGUCGCUUUCUUCAUUGGAGGAUGGAUUUUCUUUCUGCGUCAGCUGUUUCGUGAUUAUGAAGUUAAAGAUACUGUCGUUGUAUUAAUUUUUUCUCUUACCUUCUCAUUGUCUUGCACGGUUUUUGAACUUGUAAUAUUUGAAAUACUUGAUGUUUUGGAAGCCUCAUCCAGGCGUAUACAUUGGCAAUUUAUUCUUUUCACAAUACUACUAGAUGUUAUUAUUGUUAUUCCUUUUUACAUAUCAUUCUAUCUCAGCAAGAGCUUACGAUUUAUCCCACCCACAAACACAUUUCGUCUCUGUUUCUCAUUUAUAUUGACGACCGCUUAUUUGUACGUCUUCUGGAAAGUUGGAACGUCUUUUCCUAUUCUAAGUGGCAAACAUGGAAUUGUCUUUCUAGAGCAGUGUAUUGGUAGGAUCGGUGUAAUCGGAGUUACUAUAAUGGCCUUGUUGUCUGGCUUUGGUGCUGUCAGCUACCCAUAUUCUUGCAUGACUUACUUCGCUCUCUCAGUUUCUAACUCUGAAAUACGUACGGCUGAAAAAAGACUGUUACAAACUGUUGAUAUGAUCUUGGUCAAGCGGCGAAGAUUAGCUCAAUUGCAAUUUGAAGCUCGUAUGAAGCUUACAUCCACUGAGAAGCCCAACACUUUUUGGAACAUGCUACGGACAGUUGGAAUGUCUAUUUCAUCUCCUCGCGUUGACGAAAAAGUAUUAAAACAUGAGAUAUCUGUUCUAGAGGAUCUUAGUCGUCAAUUAUUCCUUGAAUUACAUUAUCUUCGAACUGCUCAAGAACGCGUGGAAUUCUCAAAAACCUGGAAAGGCAGAUACUUCAACUGCCUUGGCUACUUUUUCUGUGGUUAUUGUUGUUGGAAAAUAUUCAUAUCUAUUGUAAAUAUUCUGUUGAAUCGAUUCGGUGGACAAGAUCCCAUAACACGUUUUAUGGGUAUAGCUGUACACUAUUUAGGCUUUCAAAUUGAUGUGAAAUUUUGGUCACAACAAAUCUCUUUUUGGCUUGUCGGUAUCAUUGUUGUCACAUCGAUUCGCGGGUUGUUAAUCACGCUGACAAAAUUUUUUCAUGCUAUUGCCAGUACCAAGUCAUCAAAUAUCAUUGUACUGUUUAUUGCACAGGUGAUGGGUACAUAUUUUAUCUCGUCUGUAUUGCUGCUGCGUAUGAAUAUGACUGCAGAGUAUAGAAAUAUGCUGAAUCAAGUACUCGGUGACUUACAGUUUCACUUUUAUCAUCGUUGGUUUGAAGUGAUCUUUCUUAUCAGUGCUAUGUGUAGUAUUGCAUUUUUGUAUUUAGCGCAUAAACGUGUUGCUGAAAUAAAAGAUGACUGUAUUUCUUGACUUUAUUCA